AUGUGGAGCGGUUGUGGGGCGGCAGUUGCGGAACUCGGCGUGUAUGUUGCCUGCCGUCCCUCCCAUUCCCCAUCUAGUAACUCCCACCUCAGCCCACGUAUCCUUGAGUGGAAUCUCGGGCCCCAGACCAGUCGAUUGGGAGGUCCACCCUCCACUUCAGCGGCUUGGUCUGUGUUUGGGAAGUUGCCACGACAACAGUCACUUCCGGGAGGGGGAUCUGCGAGUCUUCUUCCGUCGGUCCGGCCAGAAUCAGCUGCCCUCUCAGGCUGUGUGGGUGGUUUCCCCGGCUGCAGCUACAGGGCGUAGAUUGCUGGGCCUCAGUGCACCCCAGCCUCCGUUACUCGGGUUCUGAGCUGGAGCUGGAGGCUCUUGACUGUUUCACUGUUGCUGCUAGCAACAUCCACUUCUGGGAGCGAGUUCCCUCGCUCACUGCGGGCUCGGGAGCGUGGGGUUCGGGCCCCUGAGCGGCUGUUAGUGCGUCGCCGCUGCUGGCGAUCCGGCGACCCUCGGCCGGCCAGAUCCGAGGGCCACGCAGCCCGGGCCUUCUCACCACCUCAGUGCCUCGGCGGGACCGCCAUGGUUCUGCUGCACGUGAAGCGGGGCGACGAGAGCCAAUUCCUGCUGCAGGCGCCUGGGAGCAUCGAGCUGGAGGAGCUCACGGUGCAGGUGGCCCGGGUCUAUAAUGGGCGGCUCAAGGUGCAGCGCCUCUGCUCAGAAAUGGAAGAAUUAGCUGAACAUGGCGUAUUUCUCCCUCCUAAUAUGCAAGGACUGACUGAUGAUCAGAUUGAAGAAUUGAAAUUGAAGGAUGAAUGGGGUGAAAAAUGUGUACCCAGUGGAGGUGCAGUAUUUAAAAAGGAUGAUAUUGGACGAAGGAAUGGGCAAGCUCCAAAUGAGAAAAUGAAGCAAGUGUUAAGGAAGACUAUAGAAGAAGCCAAAGCAAUAAUAUCUAAGAAACAAGUGGAAGCCGGUGUCUGUGUUACGAUGGAGAUGGUGAAAGAUGCCUUGGAUCAGCUUCGAGGCGCGGUGAUGAUUGUUUACCCCAUGGGGUUGCCACCGUAUGAUCCCAUCCGCAUGGAGUUUGAAAAUAAGGAAGAUUUGUCGGGAACGCAGGCAGGGCUCAAUGUCAUUAAAGAAUCAGAGGCGCAGCUGUGGUGGGCAGCCAAGGAGCUGAGAAGAACUAAGAAGCUUUCAGACUACGUGGGGAAAAAUGAAAAAACCAAAAUUAUCGCCAAGAUUCAGCAGAGGGGACAGGGAGCUCCAGCCCGAGAGCCUAUUAUUAGCAGCGAGGAGCAGAAGCAGCUGAUGCUGUACUAUCACAGAAGGCAAGAGGAGCUCAAGAGAUUGGAAGAAAAUGAUGAUGACGCCUGUUUAAACUCACCAUGGGCGGAUAACACUGCUUUGAAAAGACAUUUUCAUGGAGUAAAAGACAUCAAGUGGAGACCAAGAUGAAGUUCACCAGCUGAUGACGCUUCCAAAGAGAUUAGCUCACCUUUCUCCUAGGCGAUUAUAAUUUUUAAAAGGCCACUUACCACCCUCUGUAAAAGAUGUUAACAUUUCUAGUUUUCUUAGUUUUCUUUUAGUGUGAAUUUUUAAAAUAGCAGUUCUUCAAGGUUUUAGAACUUAAUAAAUACAUAAUCAUAAGAAAA